UUUUUAUAUUAUUUAUUCCCCUUUAAAAAAUUAAAGAAAAUGGCUGCUCAUGUCCAACCUUCAAGUGAUAAACAACACAAACUUUAUCAGCUUGUUGAUAUGCAUGGAGGAGGGGAACUAAUAAAAUGGAUGCGUUAUGCAAGAAAAGGGGGAGAUUAUGCUAUUGUUGAUGGUUAUUUUGAAACAACAAUAAAACAAGCAAUGUAUCAGGCGGGAAAAGGAAAAUUACAAUCUGUGGCUGAAUUAGUUAAAUCAAGAAAUAAGGAAAGAAAUGAACAUUUGGGAGCUUUUUCAAGGAAGAAGGGAAAAGGAAAGAGCGGCCCGAAUAUUCUUGAUGAUUUUAAUCAAGACCAAGAAAAUCAGGGAGAUUUAAAAAAGGCCCUUAAACUGUUAGAUGGAGGCAAAGGUGGAAAAGGAGAUGCAAAAUAUCGUGAAAUUGUUUGGAAAAUAGAAGAGAGAGGGUCUAUGGGAGAAAAUUUAGUUGGUUGUUGUUUAAUGCAAGGAGGGCCAAUACAUACAGAAUUAGCUAUUAGAUUACUUAAUCAAUUCCCUAAAUUAGUUAAUGAUGUUAUGCUUUCUGAAGAUUAUUAUGGUUUAUCUCCAUUACAUCAAGCUAUUGUUAAUGAAGACCCUUCUCUUUGUAAUUAUUUACUUCAACACGGGGCUGAUGUUAAUCAAAGGUGUUAUGGAGCUUUUUUCUGUCCAGAUGAUCAAAAAGGAAGUAGAACAGAUUCUUUAGAACAUGAAUAUGUUGAAUUAAGUUUAAAGACUGAUUAUGGAGGUCGAAUGUAUUUUGGUGAAUAUCCCCUUGCUUUUGCUGCUUGUACCAAUCAAUUUGACUGUUAUCGUUUACUUAGAGCUAAAAAAGCUGAUCCUAAUUCUCAAGAUACAAAUGGAAAUGGUACAACCUGUUUACACAUGACUGUUAUCCAUGAAAAUAUGGAAAUGCUUAAGUUAGUAUACGAUACAGGUGGUCGUCUACAAUUGUUAAAUAAACAAAAUUUAACUCCACUAACGUUAGCAGCAAAAUUAGCUAAAAAGAAAAUGUUUCAACAAAUUUUACAAUUAGAAAGUGAAUAUCUUUGGGAUUAUGGACAAGCUUCUUCAAUUGCUUAUCCACUUGCAAAAAUAGAUACAAUUAAUGAAGAAAAUGGAAAUUUAAAUGAAAAUUCUGCUUUAUAUUUAGUUGUUUAUGGGGAAAGUGAGGCACAUUUAGAAAUGCUUGAUGGACUUUUAGAAGAUUUAUUAGAUGCAAAAUGGGAGGCUUUUGCUAAAAGAAGGUGA